AUGAAUGGUACCAUAAAUAAGACUCCUGAAGACAUAUCUACAAAAAUCGAUAUCCAAGAUAAUAGCUAUAAAGCCAAUAGAGUAUUAGAGCUUUUCGAGCGAUUCAAGCAAAUUUUAUUGUUUUUGCUUGAAGUAUCAGAAGGGCCUAAUAACCCAGAUCCAGAUAAGAUUAAUGAAGAUAGACGAAACUUACUGAGUGAGAGUGUUUUCGGCCUUAAUAAAUUUAUGUUAAAUACUGAGUUACUAAAAUAG